CAUCAUCCUCCCCGUCACCACUAUCAUCAUCUCAUCAACCAACACCAUGACUACAUGCUAUAACCCCAGACACCAUCCUGGUCAGGUUAGCGGUCACCUGCGUACCCCCUUUCCCCAUACCGGUAUCUCUCCGUCCUCAUCAUCCCACCACCACCAACCCCAACUCUAUCCGUCUUUCCUCCCUCCCAAAGUCUUUCCUCCAUCGUCCUCGUCUCAUCCAAGACCUCAUCUCUAUCCAUCUCGUCGGUUACCUCACCAGGGGUCUAGAUCUCAAACUCGUCUUUGGUCCCAACGGUAUCGCCUCGGGUCUCGUCGACAACUCGUCACGUCAGAUAGCCGUCCUUGGUCGAGGAGUGGAUGGUGAGACAGGACUCAGUCACGCCCUCUACAGUCUAUUGUUUUCUCCCAUCUUGGCCAUUAUCAACGAUAGAUCCGUAUCAGGUAUGACGCGCAACCAACCCGCCGGAGUCUUGGAAAGGACUUUUUACGUCAUAGGGACGGGAAGCACAGGACGUCCAGACUGGGGUUUCAUGGUGAGGAAUCUUUGGAAUAGGAUCUAUAUCGAGAUCAAACCCACGGCGGUGCUGAGUGAUGAUUUGGUGGAAUUCGUGAUUCAUGUCAUAAAGAUGGGAAGCUUGGUGUGGAACACUGUCAGUCUACAGGUCGAGACUGGCGUAGAAUUCGAAGGGUUGGAUGUUUCAAUGUGGGAAGAUGCGAAGACUAUCUUGAAGCAGGUUUACCUUGAAUUCGCA